AUGAAUGAUUUUUAUCGAAUCGACUUAAUAUUCAAAUAUGAGUUAGCAUCGCAAGAAGAAAUAACUCGUGCUUAUCGUCAAAGUUGUUUAAUUUUCCAUCCAGAUCGUCAUAUUGAUUCAACGGCAAAAAAAGAAGCUGAGAAAAUUUUUGUGAAGAUCAAGAAAGCUUUUACAACUUUAUCCGAUCCUCAUACGAGAAAGAUUUAUGAUGCAGUUGGAGCAAGAGGUUUGCAACUACAUGAUUGGCAAUUAGUGCCACAUUCGAACUCAUCCGAUGGUAUUCGUCGGGAAUACGAACUACUACAAAAACUUCGCGAAACAGAAAUUAUGCUUCAGCGAGUCCAUCCAACGGGGCAUUUUCUAUGCAAAUUUUCAUUGGCAGGAUUGUUCGCUGGAAAUUCAGAUGAGAGGUAUCCACCUCAAUUAACAGGCAUAUCCAUUGUGCAAAAUGUAGAAUGCCCGUUAACUACAACGGAAAAAAUUGGUCUUAGCGGUCGUCUAAAAGUGAGCAAUGGUAAUGGUGAUGGAUCAUUGGUGUUUCAUUUGAAAAGAAGUGUUUCUUCCUAUGCAACUAUGGAGACUAGUCUUAUACUCUCACCUGAUAAUAUUAUUUUAAAUGGUGUUUUUGCGCGAAGUAUUACUGCAAAAUCUGCGAUUGUUCUUCAACCAUCUUUGCAAUAUUUCCUUUUGCAUGGAUCAUUUUCUCCAGGAUGUUCAUUUGCAUAUACGAGGGGAUUAGAUCCUCAAUGGCAAGGUACGGUUGCAUACCAUUUUGGAAUUCAGCAGUCUUUGACGACAACAAUCAUACAUAGCAAUCUAAAUCAACCAAACUUUAUUACGAACCUAACAGUAUCACCAUCGAAUAUUAGUCUGCGCACUGUGUAUUCUAAACAUUAUGGUACACAUGAUGGAAUACUGGAAACAAGUUGUCUUGUUGGUACUGGUGGAAUUAUACCAACAAUAUCUUAUGAGAGGCGAUUUUCAAGAUAUUCUCGUAUUGGAAUCAAUCUUUCGUUUGCUUUUCCAAGUUAUUUAUUAAGCACGAAAUUAAGGGUUAAAACGGGAACUACAACCUAUGAUUUUAAGUUCUAUCUCUGUGACAACGAUGAAGACUUGGCUCGGGCCAUGCUUUUUGGAGUCGUUUUGCCAUUUAUUGGAUUUAGUUUGGUUAAAGUCGCUUUUCGAAAGACAUACGAUCAUAUCAUAUCUCUAUUUGAGGACCAGUCUGAGCUUAAAGAAGUGGUCGAUGCCAUCAAAAGAGAGGAGGCAGGGAAUAUAAUGAAUCUAAUGCGUCCGCAGGCGGAACGUAAUGCUAAUACUGAAAAGGCUAAAGGUGGUCUUAUUAUAAUUGAAGCCAAAUAUGGUCAUAUGUUAGGUGAUGGUCCCACUGCAGCGUUGUAUCCAUUGUUGGGUGAUCGAGUAAUUGAUGUAACUUUGGCUCUGCAAGCGUUGGUCCAUGAUUCGCAAUUAAGGCUAUAUUCUUCCAAGCACCAAUUGCCAGGAUUUUAUGAUCCUUGUCCUUUCGAGCCCAAAAUGCUUCGAGUUAUUUAUAAAUAUAGAGAUGAAAUGCACUGUAUUGCAAUUCCGGAAGAUAUGCCUUUGCAUAUACCUAAUCGGAGUAUUAUUUUUAAAUUUUUCAUUCCUAUUUCACCCAUUUCAAACAACUUUGAAAAAGUUGUUUUUAUAGUUGUUUCCUUCAUAAUACUUUGUUUAUUUGUCCUAUAUUUUUUUUUCCUUUUUCCACAUUUUUUCUUGCAUUUCAAUUUAUUUCCGCACAAAAUUUUUAUAAUUUUUUGGUCUGCAAAUAGGUAG